GUUGAGUGAUGGCAUUUUAGGGUGCUAAUACUAUCGUGUUAUAAUAUAUUAAUAGUUGUUGAACAAUAUCAUAAAGGAAUCAGAGGAUCAUAUAUAAGGUCAAAAAAUUAUUUCUUGUAGAAUGAAAGAAUCGUUUUUAGAUUAUGGAAAACACACUUUGAUAAUGAUUCAGCAAACGAAGUGAUUGAUAACAGAAAUCCGUCAGACCAACAUCUAAUAUACAGUCUAAAUGAAUUAUUCCCGAGUUGUAUUUCUACAAGAUCAAGGGAAAGUUGACAUAGAGUGAAUUAACCGGCUAAGAAUGACGCAGAUCUAUUCUGACAUCGUUACGCUUGACCCGAUUGCUUUACAAUGAGUUUGAUGGGAGAAAUGGUUGGUAUCUCUGAAGCUACAGCUAAUUUGUCUAAAGACUCACCUCAGAAUCCAUUCUCUGCUAAUAUUCCACCUGGUUAUUCUUUACCACAUACAAUCUUGAUUGCUAUACUUGUUAGCAUAUUUAUGAUAAUAAUCUUUUUUGGAAACUUGCUUGUUGUUGUAGCCAUUGCAACAGAUAGACAACUGAAGACAAUUCAGAACUGGUUCAUAGCAUCAUUAGCAGUUGCUGAUUUAUCACUUGGCUUGGUAAUUAUGCCUUUUUCUCUGGCAAAUGAACUCAUGCGGUAUUGGUAUUUUGGACCUAUUUGGUGUGAUCUGUGGAAGGCUAUUGAUGUGUUGUUAUGUACUGCUUCCAUUCUAAGUAUAUGCUUAAUAAGCUUGGAUAGGUACUGGUCUAUUACACGCGCCCUUCAAUAUUCCAGACAAAGAACACCAAAGAGAGCAGCGUUAAUGAUAUCCGCCGUUUGGGUCUUGUCGGCAAUAGUAUGUGUACCGCCAUUAAUAGGUUGGAAAAAUCCACUUCCAGUCUCUGAAUAUCCGCUGUGCUUACUCAGUUCUGAAAUAGGAUAUGUUAUAUCAUCAAGUAUGGGUUCGUUUUAUAUUCCAGCAGUGAUUAUGGUCUUUGUUUACUUUAAAAUUUACCAAGCUGCAAAGCAACGAGCUCGCAGAGGGCGUAGGAAUAAAACUGCAAGAAAGGAAGAGCAGAAGGCAAAACGAAGCGAUAAGACAAAAUCAAAAGGCACGCCUUCAAAAGAAAAUACUCUAAAUUGCGAAGAAUCUGAAAGAAGAUCUGUUCCUUCAGAAGACGAGAGCACGUGGCCUGUAUAUCGCAAACAGUUGCAGCUUACAAACAACACAACAAGUGUGAGUGUUGGGGUUGCUGAAGAAAAAACCUCAUUACUUAAUAAAACUAAAAGCACGAAGAAACGAUCUGAUCUUUUAAUUGUUCCCGUUACUGGAAUCCCUCAACAAACAGACAUUUGUGGUCACGAGGUAGUAAUGGAACAGAAACAACUUUUACAAACCCAUACGUCUACAAAAAUAGUGAAGGUAAUAACCAAUAAUACUAAAACUAUUGCUAGUACAGAAGAUAGUUUUCUCUCAUCAUCAAGUGCCUAUGAUGAAGAUGAGUCACAGGAAAAAAGAAAAGACAGCACAAUAGAGACACAAAAUACUCCAGUUGUCAAAAACUCCAUCAGCGAAAUUCCAGAUUUAUCUAACAUUGAAAAGCAAAAGCGGAAAUUGGCUAAAGCUCGAGAAAGACGAGCUACAAUUGUUCUCGGGCUUGUUAUGGCUGCAUUCAUAUUAUGUUGGUUUCCCUUUUUCACUAUAUAUAUUGUGACAUCCCUGUGUGAUUUUUGUAUACCGGAAAUUAUAUUUACUAUAGCUUUUUGGGCAGGAUAUUGUAACUCUGCGUUGAAUCCAAUUAUAUACACUAUAUUUAACCAAGACUUUAGGAAAGCUUUUCGUAAAAUAAUUUUCAGAAAAGCUCUGUUUAAAAGGUAAAAUUACAAAU